UCGUGGUUUAGUUAACAGUUUUGAAACAGAUCACUUUUACAACCAAGUGAGAAGAAGAUGGUUCGAAGAGGUUGUCGCACCAGCAAACACGAGAGCUCUCAUCGAUUCUUCAAAGUCAUGUUUGGCAAGAACCACUCAAAAUUUAUGUACUUGCCUCCGAAGUUUGCGCAAAGAGUGAAGCACUUGUUGACUAAUCAAAAAACUGAACUUAAGGAUUCACUUGGGCAGCGAUGGUCUGUAACACUGUCUCUUGUCGAUGGAGCCCUUGCAUUCCAAAUGGGUUGGGAAGAGUUUUAUCUAUACCAUGGUCUCAAAGAAGGACAGCUGUUACUAUUUAAGUACAAGGAAAGCCAUUUUACUGUUCGUAUUUUUGGAACAAGUGCCUGUGAGAGAACAAACUUUAAUAAUGAAAUGCCUGGUCGGAGAAAAAAGCGUAAGAGAUGCCAAGGGACAACUUCAGAAGAUGAAGCACAUCAGACAGCUGGUGUAAAGUCAGAUAUAUCCAUCUCGGCCUCCGGAGAUGAAUCUCAAAACCGUAUAACCAAGCUUGCGGUUGACUUAAGCUUUGAGAUGGAAAACGGAACAUUUGAUGCAAAGAAAGCUGAGGGUGCUGUAAUCAAACUUUUGGACGCUAGUACUGAAACUGAACAGCGUGAUGUCUUUGAUAAUGCAUCAGACAAAGGAUUAUCCUUAUCUAGUAAUUGGGUUCUAGAACCAACCAACCCAGCAGGGAGAGAUGAGGAUGCUCAAAUGGGUGUGAUCGAGACAGAUCUAAUCACAAGAACUACUGGUGAUGAUGCUAUGGAGCAGACUAAGACAACUGCAGAGGAUGCUCAAAUGGGUGUGAUUGAGACAGAUCUAAUCACAAGUACUACUGGUGAUGAUGCUAUGGAGCAGACGAAGACAUCUGCAGAGGAUGCUCAAAUGGGUGCCAUGAAGACAAAUCUAAUCACAAGUAAUACUGGUGACAUUUCUAUUGACAAGUUUGUGACAGCGUCGGAUGCGAAAACAGCAAUUUCUCAUACUGAAAUCACAGACCAGAUUCGGAAAAAAGUGGGUGGCACUCAAAUGACUCCUCAUUCACAUCAGGCAGGUGGCCAUUCUGGUGAUGCUUUUAUGAAAUGGUUUUAUCAUGAGAAACCUUCUGAUGACAAUAAAAUGAAGAAGAUCAUGCUCAAGAAUGAACCGUUUAGUCUAUCUCCUUCCAUAGGAGGUAGUAAAAUUUCAGAAGGGGGACAUGUGGCAAAAAGCAAAUUUGGUGAUUCCUUCUCCAGUGCAACUUUCGAAAAUCCAUUAGGACUACGUGCCAUUAAGAAAGAAGUCAAGAUGGAAGACACAGCCAAUGUUUUUCAUCAAGGAUCUUGUGGUGGAAAGGAGCUACCCCCGGUGUGUAACCAACCCCAGAUGAUUUCUCCACUAGUAGUAAAAGUUGAACCUGAUCUGCCAUAUGAAACAGGCAUAUUGGAUACUAUCAGUUCGUCAAUUCGUCCAUUUUCAGCUGAAGUAGAAUCCCAAUCACUCCUGGUGGUGCCACAGAGUAUAGGAAGGAGAUUGAGGGGUCAGACAGUGAGAGGUGCGACGGUUGUAUUUCUGAGAGACUCGGUUCGAAGGCUAUGGCCAGUUGUCUUCCGUGAAAAUGCUGGUCGUAGAGCAUUGACUAUUAACUGGACUGAAUUCUGCGAGCAAGACAACGUUAAGCCAGGAGAUAAAUGCGAGUUUCAAGUUGAAAAUGAUACAUUGUUCGUUUACAGGGUCGAUGUUGCUCGUGGAUCUAGCUGAUUUCCUCACUAGCAAAUACAGAGUUUGUUGUGCAGCUAACUUAGCCAUUCGAAGCUGAAAUAUUAGAUGAAGCUAUGCAGAUUUUGUAGGUCUUUGUAACCUUUUCUUAGGCACCUGAUGCCCUAAAAUUUAGUAAUGCUAUUGUGUUAAUAUUUUGGCUGA